AUGUCCUACUCCAGCGAGUCGUGCGGCGUGAGCUGCCCCCAGCCCAUCGCGGAGAGCUCCAACGAGCCGUGUGUGCAGCAGUGCCCCGACUCCAGAGCUGUGAUCCUGCCCCCGCCGGUGGUGGUGACCAUCCCGGGCCCCGUGCUCAGCACCUUCCCUCAGGAGAGCGUUGUGGGAUCGUCGGGCCCAGCCUGGCUGGAGCGUUCCUUCAGCUCCCGCAGCUCCCCGGGCUACGGGGGCUCCUUUGGGCUGGGAGGUUCUGGGGGUCCCCUGGCCUUGGGGGGCUCCUCUGGCUAUGGGGGCUCCUUUGGCUCAGGAGGUUUUGGGGGCUCCCAGGGCUAUGGGGGCUCCUUUGGGUUGGGGGGCUCCCGUGGUUAUAGGGGCUCCUUUGGGUUGGGAGGUUAUGGGGGCUAUGGGGGCUCCCAGGGCUAUGGGGGCUCCCAGGGCUAUGGGGGUUCCUUUGGCCUGGGGAGCUGUGGGGGCUAUGGGGGCUCCCUGGGGGGCUAUGGGGGCUCCCUUGGAUAUGGGGGUUCCCUGGGUUAUGGAGGUGACAUUGGCUAUGGGGGCUCCUUCGGGGGCUAUGGGGGCUCCCUGGGGGGCUAUGGGGGCUCCUUUGGCAAUUGCGGGAGGUCCUACAGCUCCGGCUUCUCCUCGCGGGGCCUGGGCUAUUCCCUGCCUUGCUCCCAGAGAUGGGGCAGGUCCCGCCGCGGGAGCUGUGGGGUUUUCUAA